ACACAACCAACACCAAUAAUCACCAUUACCGCAUCCUCCUCUAUUUCUCUCUGGACAAACAAAUUAAAAAAAUAAUAAUAAUAAAAAAAGACCGAAAUAUAUAACAAAACCGAAACAAGGCUAACCCAUAUCUAACAUAUCUUCUUCAUCUUCCACCACCACCAUCAUCAUCACCUAAUAUACUUCCCAACCGCUCUUUUCUUCUCCUUCUCACAAACCCUAAUUUCAUUCAUCACCAUGCUUUCUUCCUUAUAGUUUCUUUCACUCCAACAAACUCUUCACCUUUUUCUCAACAUUACGCUUUUCACUCAUUCUUCCAACGAUCGUCACUUCCUUCGCUUUCUCUUUUCUUUUCUUCGUUAAUCGCGUCCCGAUCCUUCUCCUUUUGCAGCUCCACGCUUCGAUCUAGACUUUUUUGCUGUUUUUGAGUGCUAUAAAGUGGGCUAUGAUUUGAAUGGGGAGAGGAUGCCAGAGUUGAGAAGUGGAGCUAGAAGGUCAAAGCGGCUUGGAGAUCUUCAGCCUGAUCCACUACCUGCUGAUCAAGGAGAGAAUUGGGCAGAGCCUGCGCAGAACAGAACUAGGAGGAGAGUUGGAGGUGGAAGAGGAAGAGGUGGUAAUGCCACAGGUUUAGGUAAAGGGUCUUCACCAGCUGUACCUACAAGACGAACUGCAGCUGGUAGAGGCCGCGGAGCAAGAUUGAUUGAUUUGGAUCCUGAACCUCGUGAGGUACUGCCAGAACCUGUUGCAUUAAGGGCUCAGGAACCUGUUUACAAUCAAGUAGAGGUAGUGGCCAAUAAUAACAUUUUGAUGGAGGGUGGAAGUGGUGAUAAAGCGGCAGCAGCUGAAGAGGAAGCAACCACAACCCCUGUCCCUGAUAGGGUACAAGUUGGUAACUCUCCUGUAUAUAAGACAGAAAGGAAGCUGGGUAAGGGUGGUUUCGGCCAAGUGUAUGUUGGCAGAAGGGUUAGUGGUGGCUCUGAUCGAGUAGGUCCUGAUGCCAUUGAGGUUGCACUCAAGUUUGAGCAUAGAAACAGUAAAGGUUGUAAUUAUGGGCCUCCUUAUGAGUGGCAAGUUUACAGGUAUAAACAAUCUAUCCUUCAUGUAUGUAAAGGCUUACCAUGUGCUUUAAUUUUAUUAUUAUAUCCAAUUCUCACUUUUGUAUUUUUGGCAUUGAUAAGUACUCUGAAUGGUUGCUAUGGCAUUCCUGGGGUUCAUUACAAGGGUCGACAAGGAGAUUUCUACAUUUUGGUGAUGGACAUACUCGGGCCCAGUCUUUGGGAUGUAUGGAAUUCUCUUGGUCAAUCGAUGUCGCCAAGUAUGGCUGCUUGCAUUGCAGUGGAGGCAAUAUCAAUUCUUGAGAAGCUCCAUUUGAAAGGGUUUGUGCAUGGAGAUGUAAAACCAGAAAACUUUUUGCUUGGUCAACCUGGAACGGCUGAUGAUAAGAAGUUAUAUCUUAUUGAUCUUGGUUUAGCUUCUAAAUGGAAGGAUGCAUCAUCUGGUCAACACGUUGAAUAUGAUCAGAGACCUGAUAUAUUCAGGGGAACAAUAAGGUAUGCUAGUGUACAUGCACAUUUAGGUAGGACUGGCAGUCGAAGGGAUGAUCUCGAGUCACUGGCAUACACAUUGAUAUUUCUCAUAAAAGGGAGAUUGCCGUGGCAGGGUUAUCAGGGUGACAAUAAAAGUUUUCUUGUUUGUAAGAAAAAAAUGUCCACUUCUGCGGAGUUGAUGUGCUGCUUUUGUCCUGCUCCAUUUAAGCUGUUCCUAGAAGCAGUUACUAACAUGAGAUUUGAUGAGGAGCCAAAUUAUUCCAAGCUUAUAUCACUUUUUGACAGCUUGAUCGAACCAUGCACUCCAUUGAGACCUAUUAGAAUUGAUGGAGCUUUGAAGGUUGGUCAAAAGCGAGGAAGGAUGCUUAUAAAUCUGGAAGAAGAUGAACAGCCUAAGAAAAAAGUACGAUUGGGGAGUCCUGCUACUCAGUGGAUAUCUGUUUAUAAUGCACGCCGUCCCAUGAAGCAGAGAUAUCACUAUAACGUAGCGGACAAUAGGCUCCGGCAGCAUGUAGACAAGGGUAUUGAGGAUGGGCUGUAUAUAAGCUGUGUGGCCUCUUCAUCAAGUUUGUGGGCCCUAAUCAUGGAUGCAGGAACAGGUUUUUCUUCCCAGGUUUAUGAGUUAUCACCGGCCUUCCUGCACAAGGAUUGGAUUAUGGAGCAAUGGGAGAAAAAUUACUAUAUCAGUUCAAUAGCUGGUGCAGUUAAUGGCAGUUCCUUGGUUGUCAUGUCCAAAGGAACUCCUUAUACACAGCAGUCCUACAAAGUGAGCGAAUCAUUUCCUUUCAAAUGGAUAAACAAGAAAUGGAAAGAAGGGUUCCAUGUUACCUCCAUGACUACUGCUGGCAGUCGUUGGGGUGUUGUUAUGUCCAGGAAUGCUGGGUAUUCUGAUCAGGUUGUGGAGCUUGACUUUUUGUAUCCAAGUGAAGGAAUCCAUCGGCGAUGGGAGAACAAUUACCGGAUUACUUCAAUGGCUGCUACUAAUGAUCAGGCAGCCUUCAUACUAAGCAUACCGAAACGCAAAUUAGUUGAUGAAACCCAAGAGACUUUACGGACAUCUGCUUUCCCUAGCACCCAUGUAAAGGAGAAAUGGUCGAAGAAUCUCUACAUUGCCUCGAUUUGUUACGGACGAACUGUUUGCUAGCUUCUGCAGUGAACAUUUGCUAUAUCCUUUUGGAAAGACAGGAGGAUUUAUGCGAUAAAAGUGGGAAUGGGUAGGUUUGUUUUUACCCCCAAACUCAGUCACUGCCAAAAAAGGUCUUCCCAUAUAAAAUUUGACGUUAUAAUUGUAUAAAAAAGAAAAAGGGGAAACCGAAGCGUGCUAUGCUGUGUGAGAGCGGAAGCAAUUAUUUGUUUGAAUAGUGUAACAUGUUAAAGGGGCUGGCUAUUUUGGCCAUCUUUCAUGUGUGCUUUUAAAAAAUUUACGAUUUUUGUAUGUAUUGAUAGAAAUUCUUACCAACAUCAUUAUCAACAUAAAAUAAUGAAUUCUAAGCUAUAAUAGUUUCUA